AUGGACCUGGAGUUCCGGGGUGUCAUGGCACCGCAUGGACUGCCUACACAUGCGAGUCUCUUAACGCCUUCGGGCACUCCCAGCGACCUUCGGAACAACCCCAGAAUGCCCCGGCCCGUCACAAGUUUCGAUCUAUCAGCCAGGAGCUCGGAACCUUGCGAAAUGGAGAAGAUUCCCCCAAUCACGGGGAAGCGCCGGGGUGGUAGUAGAAAGGCUUGUAAUGAGUGUAAGCAGCAAAAGUUGCGGUGUGAUAUUGUACAGACGCCCGCCGCAGCGUGCUCACGCUGUCGGCGACUUCAAAUAGAAUGCAAGGUCGAACCUAGCUUCAAGCGCAUCUCGAAAAGAAGGCGUAAUGCAGAGAUGGAAAAGGAGAUCGCAGAGCUACGUCGACGACUGGCUACUUCUGCUGAACCUCAUGGCGUGGAAGCAGCAGUUAGCGACGAGCUAUCCCCAUGUUCAGAAGAGGUGUUCUGUGGCCCUGAUUCGGCCGUUUCGAACAGAACACGAACGCUAUCUGCUCCGCUGGAAGCACAGCCCUUGGCGACCCCGUUAUCCAUCCAGAGGGGUGCCUCCAUUAUGUCCCAGGAGGACAAUAUGUGGAGAUUGGAAGAUGUUUCACUGUCCCGGCCAAGAGUCGCACGGUUAUUUGAACAGUACUUUAAAUACUAUCAUCCCUUCCUACCGCUUUUGAAUCCCCAAAAGCCUCCCGAAGAGUAUCUUCGUCGUUGCCCCCUGCAGGCAUGGACGAUUCUCUGCGUCGCAAGUCGACGGGCUCCAUCAGAGCCUGGACUUCUCACUGCACUCUCUGGCCCCUUUAAUCGACUCCUGUGGUCAACGAUUACCGGAAUUCCGCAGGACUAUCGUGUGGUGAAAGCUCUUUGUCUUCUCUGCACGUGGCCGCUCCCCACGACAAGUCAAAUAACCGACGCGACCUUUAUGCUUAGCGGACUGAUGAUGCAGAUUGCCAUGCAACUGGGAUUGCAUCGGCCGGUGCAACCGGAGGAGUUCACAACCUUCCGGAUGGAAGUCCAAGGGGAGGCUGUAAAAGAUCGAAUACAAACAUGGGCGAUAUGUAAUAUUGUAGCUCAGAAUGUUGCUACUGGCUACGGGCAACCGCCUGGCACUAUCUACGACUGGGCGCUUGAGCCAGCGUCUCUCCAAGACGCGGAUUAUCACCCUUCCCAUGACCUUCAAACUCGAUUGCGAAUCGAGAAGUUCUGUGAUCGAGUGACGAAGUCAUUGUACAGCAGUAAACCUGAACCCGCGGAGUUUAUUAGCUCUGAGAAGUUGUUGAUUGUGCAGCUGUUGGAAAAUGAGCUGAGGGACAUGGAGGUCGAUCUUGGCCGAGAUAUCUCUAACAUCAACAUGAUCCAUCUACGAGCAGCUGAGCUGCAUUUGCGGUACUUUGUAUUUUUAGGUUCUAACCCACGAAGUGACGAUUUAACGAAACUUUUCAUUGCCACCACGUCAUUCCUUGGACGAGUAUUAGAUCUCGAAACAUCUCCUGGGGAGCUGAUUGGCCAUGCGACUAAUUAUAUUCUUCAAAUGAUCGUAUCCGCUGCGUUUGCCCUGAUGAAGUUGUUGAAAAGUGACUUUAGUCGCCACAUUGACUUCGACCACGGGAAGCUUCUGUUCAAUGGUGCCAUUUCAGCCAUCCGGCGGAUUAGCGUCAUGGAUCACGACCGUCCGGUGCGUCUGGCCGAUAUUUUAGCUCAGAUGUGGAAUGCGGGGGGCUCCGAUCCCAGCGGAGAGGAGGCUUUACUGCUGAAGGUGCGCUGCCGAAUGAGUAUGAGCCAUGUCUAUGAUACCGUUUGGCGUUGGCGGCAACGAUUCCGGCCGGUCAAGAGCGUCGAAGAUGCUCAAGCUUCUCUAGCCAACCCGAACCUGUCGGCGACGGCUGGCCCUGUUUCUCGACAGGACGAUUCGCUGGAGGACCCCGGGCUGAUGUACGCGCCCAACUUCGACCAAAAUGGAGCAUUUAUUAGCGAUGUCGGAUUUUCCGAGGUGUUUGAUUCUCUCAACUGGGUGUUUGACGGAAUUCCGGACUCGUUUGUUGCUCCUCCCGUUAUGUAGACGCACUUGUACCACCAUCUGGGCGGCAGGUUCCUUUGAUCCCGAUCACAUUUCAACGUAAGAGGGAGAACCAAAAAGAAAAGUUCAUUGUGGAUACCAGUUUCAUUGUAUAUACUUUUUUAGCUAGAUAUUCAAUGCGAUCGCAGUUGGGGAUCCAACCGCAUUCAUA